ACAACCACCGAGUUGCACUGGCCGACUGCAUAUUCCCACGAUCAAGCCCAACUUCUCACGCCCACACGGUCAAAGUCACUGAACAAAGCAUUCACGGUCUUCACACACAGGCACGGAGAAACUGCAGUAGUCGACUUUGGAGAUAACAGUUCCGCCAAGUGGAGGGAACACUGGAAUCCUUGAACUUACCUCGUCUCUGCGCCUUCCACCGGACAGUGAAGCUGGACAUUGUGUGCUCACGAUGACUGUCGCGAACGCCACCCCCGCCCAAGAUGACCUAUCCAACGUCUCCAUUGACGCGCCAAUCGUGGCCAGUCAUAACAAAUACUUGGAGGACCAGACUGUGUCCAUAAGGGCGAGGACCAUCCCUUGGGAGGGAUAUCAAAGAGCUUCUUUGAUUACAGAGGAUGAACUAGCACAAAUACGACAGUUUGAGAAAUCUCCAUCUGCUGCCCUCUCUGAAGCCGGAGACAAGUACAGCGACCUGUUCCUCACCUUACUGCAGAAGCUGGUACGGGCCGACACAAUUCAGAACAUUCUGGUUCUGAUAGACGACGUACUGUCAGAGAAGCCGGAGCGCGUGCAGUUGUUCUUCCGCUUGGCACAGCAGAAAAAUGAUCCGACACUUCCAUAUGGACCAUUUUUCAAGCUGCUCAAGAAAGAUGACGAAUACAUUCAGCUCAAAUCAGCCAAGAUCGCCACCUACCUUCUACUCCAUGCGCCAUCGAAUGAGACCACAGACAUCUCGGAACUGCUCACGUGGUUAACGACACAGAUGCAGAAUGCGAACGUCAAUAUUGUGGAUAUCGCUGUGCAACUGCUCCAGAGCAUUCUGUCUAUUCCAGAGUACAGAUUGCCGUUCUAUCAGACACACCAGGGCGUUCAAAACAUGGUGGACAUCCUCAAGAAGGGAUCACCGAGUGCCCAGAUGCAGUAUCAGGUCAUUUACAACCUGUGGUUACUGACCUUGAUCAAGGACAUUGCCGCUGAUCUGCAACGCAAGUACGAUGUUGUACCAUUACUCAUCGACAUCGUCAAAGCUGCGAUCAAGGAGAAAGUAUCGCGAGUCGUUAUCGCCACCUUCAAAAAUCUGAUGAGCGAAGCGCCCCAAGAAAACAUGGCUGCCUUAAUCGGGAACAAGCUUCUCAACGUCUGCGAGAACUUGUCAGGGAGGAAAUGGUCCGACGAGGAUAUCCUGGAGGAUUUGGCUUAUCUGAAGGAGGAGCUCACGAGGAAUGUCGCCAACCUCAGCACAUGGGACGAGUACGAGACCGAGGUCCGGUCCGGAAAGCUCGAAUGGUCACCACCACACUUGUCAGAGCAGUUCUGGAAGCAGAACGCAAACAAGUUGACCGAGCGCGAUUUUGAGCUGUUGAGGUUGGUCUCCCGGAUCGUGGCGACAUCGCAAUCACCAGUAGUCCUGGCCGUCGCAGCCCACGAUAUUGGCCAGUUCGUGAAAUACGCGACGAACGGGAAGAAGGCACUGGAAGAGAUAGGCGCCAAAACGCAAGUCAUGCAACUCAUGACACACGCUGACGGCGACGUGAGAUAUCAGGCUCUUAUGGCCGUGCAGAAAAUGAUGACACACGCUUACAACGCAUAGGUAGAUUGAGCCUUUUCCCCGUUGUGAGUUUGGGUUGGAGGACGAGGACUGUCUGUACCUCUGGCAAAUACACGGGAUUUGCAACAUUGGUGUGGAUGUCGUGGUUGACGUGUGUCUGGACAGCUGUGUGGCAAUGUGAUUUGUCAUGUUACCCGUGGUACCAACCCCGCUGCGUCGACGUAUUUACCGUUCGGUCGACGUAUUUCGCAAACCCGCGGGAGAUAGGUUCUGCUCA